GGCCCGCGCUCCCUAAUUGGCCGGCAGCGGGGGAUUUAAAUUAAAACCGGCGGGGAGGGCGGAAAGGGCCGCUAGCCGCCUCGCCCUGGAGCCCUGCUGGCAGCCCCAGCCUCCCGGGGCCGGAGACAAUGGUUGAUUUCCAGCAAAAGAUUUUAAACUUGAUCAAAUGUUUCAGAAGACAAUGGCACUUAUUUUCAAACUCGGAAAGAACUACUGUAUGUGGAGCAGAUUGCAUGCUGAUGGUGUUACAACUGUCAAUGGCUGAAGUCAAUAAACAGCACCACGGAGAUUUCAUGGUAUCACUUAAUCAUGUGAUGGAAACUUGGAAAUAUUUGUUACACGACAAACUAGGAUUAUCACAUGAAAACAUGGAAGAACCAGAAAACUAUGUUGAUGUUAAAAAAGCCUAUGAUACCUUCUUAGCAAGCAGCAAUAUGUUAGAUAUCAUAGAUAUAUGUCAGAAGUGCUAUGCUCUUGCACUUCUAUCUGAAGAGGAAAGCAUAGCCCCUGUUCAACUGCUGGAAUUUAUUUCUGGCAUAAUGAAUGUACCAGAAAAUAGUGGUUGUGUGCCUUCUACUCCUGCAGCAGUCAAUAGACAGGACCAGAGCAAUGCAAAGGUGAUGUUCGUGGCAAAGAAGUGUGUUUAUUCAUAUUUAAGCCUGGUGGUGAAUUCUAAGGAUGAUCUGGCAUUGGCUCAUAUUCUAAAUGUUCCUGACAGAGGACUUGGUAGAGAAGCCUUUACUAAACUAAAACAUGCCUCACAGGAGAGAAAAAUGUCCAUUUUCCUGAUGGCAACAUCUUUUAUCCGAACUGUAGAACUUGGAGGAAAAGGCUGUGCAGCUUCAUUAUUUGAUCCCUUAAGAGUCCAUUUAAAGGGACUUUCAAACUUUGUUAACUUUAUUGACAAGCUAGAAGAAAUUCUUGGUGAAGUCUUGGAUCCAAGAAUCGCAGGGGGGCGAAUUCUGUCAACAGUGAAGAUGCAUUUGAUAAAAGGCCGAAGCAAUGGGGAUCCUUUCUGUCAGUCAGUAGAGGAAGUUGUACAAGAUUUGGAUUUGAAGAUUAAAAAUAUUAUCGAUUCACAACAUGAAGUCUUGACUGCCAGCACCACUGGAGUUAGUCCAACACGGCCAAAGCUGCAUUCCAUAAACCAUGGCACUGUGUAUUGUGGCAGAGAUACUGUGAAAGUCUUACUAGUUCUUCUGGAUGAAGAAGCAGUCAGUGCUCCUACCGAGAACAAAGAAUUAUUAUUAUGUGAUGAUGAAAACUUAAAUAUGUUUGGAAUCACCUCUGUUCUGACACUCUUCAGAUCUCCAGCACAGUCCGAUGGAUCUUCCCCAAAACCUCUUAGACAGCGUAUUCAGAAAUCUAUGGAUGAAAAAAUAAUUAAGAUGAAGCAAUCUUCGAUCAAAUCUCAGUUUGCAUGUACAUAUAAAAAUGAAUUGAGUGAGAUAGAGGGUCAUGGUUUCUUCAGCAGUAGCCAAAUGUCAACCUGUGAACAUCCUGCACCAAAGCAACAUUUACAAGAAGGUAUGAAUUCAUGUCUUGACAUACCAGUGCUUGGAACUAUUUCUGAAAAUGUUCAUCAGAAUAGAAAUUAUACAGAAAUGGGAAAACUGAGUUGUCGGCCAAGAAAAAAGAACUCCAGGAAUGAACAGAUGGAUUUGAAUAAUGACAAAGUUAUCUGUGAUGAGGAAAGUGAACUAUCUUUGCCAAAAAAUGCUAAGAAACGUAAGACUUCAAACCACCCUCAAAAGAAAUUGGACAGCAAAAUUGAUGGAAAAAGAAAGAACAACAAAACUGCAAGCAAGAAUAAAUUGAUUGCUGGUCAGGCAAAAUUAACUCAAUUUUUUCGACUGUAAGUUUUUAUUUUGACAUACGUGGUCUGUUGACUCUUUCAGAAGUUGUAAAAUUUUGCAAGUGAAGGGUGAAAAUCAUGAAUUGCUUCCCUUUAUACUCAAAUAAGUGAAAAUAGCUUGUGUGUAAUAUUAGACAAAUAUUUACAAGUCUGGAUUAUGCAGAAGUAUUUUAUUUUUUUUGAUUACAGUACAACAGUAGUUACAACUAUGUUCUCUUUUCGGUAGUGAAUUACGUUUCCCUCUACAUUGUGAUGUAAAAGUAUUUUAGAUGCAUAUGUAUAGCGACACUAAAGCACAAUAACUUUUAAUCAUGUUAAAUUCAUAAUAAAAUGUUUAAUCUUUC